AUGCCAACGCAAGCCACGGGCAACCUCAGCGCCUUCAGGAACGAGAGCGCCUGCGCCAGCGACAGCAGGAUCAGCCAGGUCAUCUUCCCGCUGCUCUACACGCUUCUCUUCCUGGUGGGCAUCACCAUGAACGGCCUGGCCACCUGGAUUUUCUUCAAAAUAUCCAGUAAAUCCAACUUCAUCAUCUUCCUCAAGAACACAGUGAUUUCCGACAUCCUCAUGGUGCUAACGUUUCCCUUCAAGAUCCUGAGCGACGCGAAGCUGGUGCCGUGGAUGCUGCGGGGAUUCGUCUGCCAGGUCUCCCAGGUGGUCUUCUACUUCACCAUGUACAUCAGCAUUUUGUUUCUUGCCCUCAUAACCAUCGACCGCUACCAAAAGGCCACCUCGCCCUUCCGCACGUCAACCACGAGGAGCCUGCUGGGUGCCAAGCUCCUGUCCACAGCGAUCUGGGUGUCCAUGUUCGCUCUCUCCCUACCCAACAUGAUCCUAACGAACAAGAAGAAAACGCCGAGGAACGUGAGGAAGUGCGCUCUCCUCAAAUCCGCCUUCGGCCUCGUCUGGCACGAGAUCGUCAACUACAUCUGCCAGCUCAUCUUCUGGGCGAGCCUGGCGGUCAUCGUGGUGUGCUACGCACUCAUAACCCGAGAGCUCUACAAAUCCUACAGGAGGACCAAAAGCACAGGGAAAGCGGUGUCCAAAAAGGCUGUAAAUCUGAAGGUUUUCAUCAUCAUUGCCGUGUUCUUCAUUUGCUUUGUGCCCUUCCAUUUUACCAGGAUCCCCUACACGCUGAGCCAAACGAGGCACGUGUUUGACUGCUCAGCUCAGAGGACCUUGUUCUACGUGAAGGAGAGCACGCUGUGGCUCACCUCCCUCAACGCCUGCCUCGACCCCUUCAUAUACUUUUUUCUCUGCAAAUCCUUCCGCAAGUCGCUGCUGCAGACGCUGUGCAGGCGGCCGGCGCCGGCGGAGCUGCGGCCGCGCGCCGCGGAGCACAACGAGGGCGACGACACCGAUGAGACGCCCGUGUAG